AAACCAUUAAAAAUAGCUAGUUAGAUGAUAUUAUUGAAAGAGCCUGGUUGCACGGGGAGGAGCAACAAGGAAAUGAGAAACUUGACCGUCAGGAGCUACCGGCUAGCUUCGUUCUCCUCGAUCUUUACAAAUCGUGGUAGGAAAGCUUAGAAGUAUGGGGUAAGAAGUGUCCUACGGGAGGGCAAUUGGUCGGCCAAAUAGCUUGACCCUGGGAGUCUACACUCUGGAGUGCGCCGUCAGCCGUCAUUCUAGCCCAGCCCAGCCAAGCAGCACCUUCGGGUUGGGCAAUCACUAUCAUGAUCCACCGAUCUUUUCCUCUGGCGGGCCCGUUCGCCCUGCGCGCGAUUACGUACUGAGGUUGGAGUUGGAUUUCACGGUUUUCUCAAGCUGUACCGCUCUCUGCACGUGACGAUCAGUAGGGAGUUACUAUUGAGGAUUAGUGUGACAGUUCUUGCAGAUUUCGAGGUGGUUGCUAGUGGGAGAAUUUGGCGGAGACGAUCUAGGGCAGAUGUUUCACCACGUCAGGUGUACGGCGGAGAAUAUAUGUUUCUCUUUUAAUUUAAGCCGCGGAUGAAUCAGAAGUUACCAGUGCAUUGGGGAUGAUUUUUGUCCAGUCUCUUCAUUUAGUAUUUUGUAGAUUAUACAUGUUGUUAGGCUAACACCAGUUAGGUAUCACAGUAGGAAGGGAGGAAUACCCAGAGAAGUCAGAAGAGAACCACAGCGCACAGAAAUAUUAACCUCAACAGCAAAAUAUUCUUUACGCUUUGCAUAGUACACAUUCUGUCAGGUUGUGGAGAUCGGUAUCUUUGUUCGCUGAGACAGCACUGUACUUCCUUGUCCUUUGCUUCUAUCGACUAUGAAAGAAGAGAGUAGAGUAGCUCCAGCCUGCACGGAGAUGAGAUUGUGGCAGUCAAAAAUUAUAUGACGAUGAGAGUCACCACAACUGUUGAAGCCGGCGGCUUGGCUUGGGCAGCAUGAUAUUCUUGUGUGUUGUAUUGCAAUGGAGACUAAGGGUGUAUGAAAAGGGGAGGUGAAACAGCAUCUGCGAAUGUCUCGAUCCAGAGAAAAGGAUUUCCUGUGAUGGGCACGUUUUUCUAAAACGAAAGCAACCUUAGGGAAAUCUAAAUGGCUUGGAUAUGGAUAUUGCUGUUUUGAGAUGGACGAAUGCGUCACGUAAGUGGGUUGUGUCUUGCCUCUUCGUUUGCUUUCCUAAGGUCGAUCUCAGAGUUCAGUAGUAAGUAAUCCAUAUGAAAUGAUGAUGAUGAUGAUGAUGCAGUAGUAGAUCUACGGGUAUUGUGGUGUGUAUUAUGGAGCACCCAAAUGCAGAGAGCUCCUCUUCACUUUACGGUGUGAACAUGGGUGAGUACGGAGACGCGGGUGUGAGCUCCAUGAUGGCCAUCAUGACGGCACACCGUCCCCACGGCGACGGCGAGAGCAUCAUGACGAGGAGAAUGCCGGUUCAGAACAACUCGUACGUAGCAUUUCACGGCCAGGCCGCUCAAAGCCUUGUGUCUGCGCCGCCCAUGUUGCAACGCCAUUCACAGUCGGUAAUGGAACACCAGUUGACCGGCAAAACGGUUUCUUCUGUGCCGCUGGUUAAGAUGGAGGGGGGCUGCCAUAACCUUCCUGGCCGGUUUGAAUUUCACAGAGAACUGGCUGUAAAUUGUUUUGGAGAGUCGUCGUCCACCCAGUUGGGCAGCCAGUCGGUCACUUCCUUGGCCUCUCAAGCCCGAGAGUCUGAUAGCCCUCAUUUCAGUAGUAAUAGUCGGCCUCCUGUCGCUACAGCUACUGAUGAGGAGGAGGUGGACGCAAUGAAGGGUAAAAUAUUAGGGCAUCCACAUUAUCGCUGCUUGUUGGACGCUUAUAUCAACUGUCAAAAGGUUGGGGCUCCUCCUGAAGUUGUGGCUCGUUUAGAUGCAGCCGGUGGGGAAUAUGAAAGUCGACGGAACGGGACGGAACUGAGCUUUGGAAUGGAUCCAGAACUCGACAGGUUCAUGGAGUCUUAUUGCGACGUGCUAAAUAAGUAUCAUGAAGAGAUGACGAAGCCUUUCAAGGAAGCCAUGGCAUAUUUUAAGAAGAUUGAAACUCAGCUUAGUGCUCUCACCAAAGAGACGAUAAGAAUCUCCCCUUCAGCCGAAAGUGAUGAUAAAACAGAGGGAGGUGGUUCUUCAGAGGAAGAUUGCAGCACUGGUGAAAUGGAAUACCAGGAACUGAAUCAAACUUCACAGGACAGAGAAUUGAAGGAUCGUCUACUUCGUAAAUAUAGUGGAUAUUUAAGCAGCCUGAAACAAGAAUUUAUGAAGAAAAAGAAGAAAGGGAAGCUACCUAAAGAAGCCCGCGAGAAACUAUUUGAUUGGUGGAGUCUCCACUACAAGUGGCCUUAUCCUUCGGAGACUGAAAAGGCAGCUUUGGCCGAAUCUACAGGGCUGGAUCAGAAGCAAAUAAAUAAUUGGUUUAUAAACCAAAGGAAACGCCACUGGAAAUCUUCUGAAGAUACACAAUUUGUGGUAAUGGAUAGUUAUGGUCCAUCCUUCUACGUGGAGAGACAUCACAUGAAUGAGGGUUCUGCCUUUUAAUUUAGAUUGGUAGCUCGACUUCCAUUGUUUUCAUCAGACAGCAGCAAAAAUUAUAUGGGUAACACUUUCGUGAAGGAUGCUUAAUAAGUUAACUUUAUAGUGUAGGAUACAUAUUGCAUGUGUUCCCACUAGCCUUGAGCACAGGCACCAAACUUCGCUACCGCCAGUGAACAAAUAUUGCUUCAAAAGAAGUUGAUUCAAUCUUUUCGUUUUUUUUGAUACUCAUAAUUUAUUAAACCACAUUAUGAUCCUCGUGAUAUAAAUAUGAUUUGUAUUGUGUUUAAAUGUACUAUAUUGUCUUCUGGACGCUAAUGGUAUUGUAGAUUCCAGAUAUAACUGUUCAAGGAUCUAAAUUAACUCGUUGUAUUUGCUGUUUAUCAACAAUUUACAUGGGCAAUGAUCCAUUGAUGCUA